AAAUCAGAAAGAAAGCGGCAGAAAUCAGAUAACAACAUUCAUUCUGCACAAGCGAAGUUCACAGAUCGCUCAUAAGUAGACUUGCUUUAUCUAACAUCCGACAACAUUUUCUCUUCAGAUUCUCAAGGAUCGAAGUAUGGAAUGGAUGAUUUAAGGCAGGAAAGAAACUAUCCCGGAGGGAGUUCAGGAGACAGAGGAUUCACUGAAACAAUCUCUACUACAAGAAUUACAGCCUUACCGCCACGUGGCUUCAAUGCAUCCGCCAACAAGGGCAUGUCAAGCACCUCCGGGUCUCCUGGCCUGGAGAAGAACAUUUUGACUCAAAACAGCAGUUCUUUUUUCUCAUCAUCAUCUGUGGGGGUGAGUGCAGAUGGGUUAGGCUCUGGAUCAAGGGAAUAUCUGAUAGAGGAGUCAUCUGUGAGCAAGAGUAAGAAGGCAGGUGGUACUUAUGGAGGAUUUGAGAGUGUCUCUGGAUCUGGAUCAGGAUCUGGAUCUGGAUCAGGAUCUGGAUCUGGAUCUGGAUCUGGAUCUGGAUCAGGAUCAGGAUCAGGAACAAGGCUGGGGAUGAGAUCCAGCUCCACUGACGGCAUGAGAAGAACACAAGACUCCCCAUUGUUUCUGGAGAGGAAAAGCAAAACCACUCAUUCACGUCGUUAUGAUGGAAGCUCAAGUGAAAACUCAUCCCCAGAGAUCACAAGAAAAGACUACAGUUCAAGAGGAAGGAGUCAAAGCAGGGAGACGGAAAUCAGGACCAGACUGCAAAGUGCAUCUCCCUCCACUAGAUGGACUGAGCUGGAUGAUGUAAAGAAGCUGUUGAAGGGGUCGCGCUCCGCCAGCGUCAGCCCCACACGCUCUCCCUCCUCCUCCCCUCUUCCGAUACCUCGCAAGGCCACCACCUUAGACACCAAGAUAUCCACCAAGCAAGUCGAGCAAUAUGACAGCACUAUUCUUGACGCUGACCUUGCCUCGUACACAUGGAACUCCUCACUGCCCUCGACAGUUUCCACUGGACCUGGUGCUGCUUACGGCUUCCACCACAACACCAACAACAUGUCAACGGGAGCUUCGCUUGUCAGCAGCACAUCACCAUCCUCCUUAUCAGUGUAUGGCUUCCACAACAAUUUAGCUCCUGCUAGUGGAGUUCUAACAUCGAGUGGAGUUAACACAGUUUCAGGAUAUGGAGUGCAGAAGAAUUAUUCAACAAGUCCCAACAGCACUUUUGCUGUUAGCACAGGGGUCUCCACUGCAGGAUAUGGUGUGCAGAAGAAUUAUUCCUCAAGUCCCAACAGCACUUUUGCCGUUAGCACAGGCGUCUCCACAGCAGGAACUGGUACAAGGACCCUUAAUGAGAAUGUGUCAAAGAGAUACCUGACGCUGGAGAAGGAGAACAUUCCAGCGAAGAGAGACACUGAUGAACUUAUUCUGACCAAAGACAGUGGCAAACACUUUACCAACAGCGCCCCCAAUGGGACAGCAGGCUCAUAUUCAGAUGUGUCAGUGAAGAAGGAAACUUUGGUGACCAGCUAUUCUGAAAGCGUUCCUGUGAAGUCUAGCUCUGGCGCACAUUAUGUGACUUCAGUGUCAACAAAAGAUAAAGCUACGUAUGCAGAGAUACAAAAGGCUAAGCUUGAGGAUGAGGAUGACUGUAAGUGCGGAGGGGGUCUCUGUGGAUGUGGGCCAAACUGCUGUUCCUGGUGGAAGUGGCUGCUGGGUUUUCUGCUCAGCCUCCUGCUUCUCCUCGGCCUUCUGUUUGGACUCAUUGCUCUAUCUGAGGAGGUAAAGAAACUAAAGUCUCGUGUCAGCACUCUUGAGGGAAUAUCUUCCUCCAUGAAUGCCCGCACAAGUCGCCUGUCUGCUCCCAUUGAUGACAUGGACAUAUAUAAAGAUGCAGGAAGUAAAGCAGCAUAUGCUAAUUCACUGGAUUCUGCAGUUUAUUCAGACAGUUCUGUACUGCAGAGAAAUGUACAACAAAUACUGAGAGCAGAGCUGCAGUCUGAAGCAAUGAAAGCCUUCCUUGCUUCUUCAGUUAAAGCUGAAAGAGGACUUCCAGGGCCAAAAGGUGACAAUGGAUCUCCAGGGACGAGGGGAGACAAUGGUUUUCCAGGGCUGCCAGGUCCAGCAGGAAUGCCAGGAAAUCCAGGAAGGGAAGGACAAAAAGGGGCAAAAGGAAGUGCAGGUGAACAUGGUGCAGAAGGACCUCCCGGAUUCAGGGGAAGAGAUGGUCAACCUGGACCCCGUGGAGACCCAGGACCUCCUGGAGCAGGAGAGAAGGGUGAAAGGGGUCUUCCUGGCUCUCCUGGUCAAGUUGGUGCACCUGGGCCUAAAGGUGCUAGUGGUUUACAUGGUGAACAAGGCCCUCAAGGCUUCAGAGGUGAACCUGGCACUGUUGGACCUAAAGGUGAUAGAGGACUUCCUGGUCCACCUGGUAGUAAAGGUGAUCAUGGUGAUAUAGGAGUCAAUGGAUUGCCGGGUAUUCCUGGUGCUGCAGGACGACAGGGACCAGCGGGUGAGAAAGGAGCUAAAGGAGAACCAGGGCCUCAAGGAGCUGAUGGUGAAAAGGGCCAGAGAGGUGAGUCAGGCUCAAUUGGCUUGCCAGGAAUCAGAGGACCGCCUGGGCCACACGGUGAUUCUGGACAACCAGGGAUUCAAGGACCUCCAGGCCUACCUGGCAAUCCUGGUCAGCCUGGAGCUAAAGGUGAGACUGGUGCGGCUGGAAGAGUGAUCAAUGCAGCAGGUUCUAGCUCAGUGGCAAUCCCAGGACCGCCUGGAAGCCCCGGUCCUCCUGGCCCACCUGGCUCACCAGGACUCUCAGGUCCCGUUGGCCCAGCUGGACAUCCUGGUCAGCCUGGUCUUAAAGGUGAUAAGGGAGAUCAAGGAGAACCGGGUAUUGCUGUGAACACUGGUGAGACUUUGGUUUCAACGCGUGCAGAAAGACAGUAUGGGGCUGCAAACGUCGCUGUUACUGGACCACCUGGUCCUCCUGGUCCCCCAGGGCCUCCUGGACGUCCAGGAGAUACCAGAGCAGGUCCGCCGGGACCACCAGGUUUACCAGGCUCAGCAGGAUAUGGCAGACCCGGUCCUAAAGGAGACAAGGGAGAUCCAGGAAACUUUGUGCCUAAUUCAGGAACGUUUUUUGCAGGACCACCAGGGCCACCAGGACCCACAGGGCCUAAAGGAGCAACAGGUGCCCAAGGUCCACGAGGAUAUCAAGGGGAAUCAGGUCAGCCUGGCCUUCCAGGGAGUCCAGGUAGAGUUGUCUCUGAGUACGGUGUCGCCCAAGGGCCACCUGGACCUCCAGGGCCUCCUGGACCGCCUGGACGAGAGGGCCGUAAAGGGGAUCCUGGAGUACCAGGUUUAUCAGCAUCACAAGGAGAGUCAAGAGUCUCGGUAUCAGGAGCAGUUGCAGUCGGGCCCCCGGGGCGGCCUGGUCCUCCAGGACCUCCUGGUCCACCCGGUGCUACAGGUCAUUCCGGUGGAUCCCAUUUCGCCUCAGACUAUCGCCGUUACAUCGCGGAAUAUAUGCAAAGUGACAGCAUGAGGCAGCAUUUGUCUAGUAUUCAAGGAUUACCAGGUCCACAAGGUCCACCGGGUCCACCUGGAGCUUCAGUGUCUGUAGAGGACAUUGCAUCUAGGGUCAUCGCUUACAUUCAGCGCUCUGGAAUCAGUGGUAGCAGUAUUAGCCAAGGUGCUCAAGGUCCUCCAGGACUUCCUGGCCCUCCUGGCCCACCUGGAAGUAUAACUGCUGACUACAUCAUUUCCCUUUUACAGAGAGAAGAUGUGAGGCGUUAUGUGGUUGGCCCUCCAGGACCACCGGGUUCACCAGGGAUUAGUGCUAGUACCUUUAAUGCACAGGAAGUGGCAAACUAUGCUAUCAGAAUAAUGAAUGAUCAGGGGAUGACAGGCAGACCUGGACCACCAGGACCUCCUGGCCCACCUGGCCAAGCAGGUGCUACCUACAGCGACAUAACAGCUCUUAUUCAGAGGUCAGGGCUUGGGGCAGGCGUUGGACGUCCAGGACCCCCUGGUCCUCAAGGAAUACAGGGACCCCCUGGUCCGCCUGGUGCCACAGGAGGCAGCUCCUCGGCACUCUCGGGUUACAAACUGGAGGACAUCCAGCUCUACCUUCAGAAGUCUGGUUUUAGGGGACCUCCUGGUCCACCAGGACCCCAGGGUCCUCCAGGUGACACUAGGGGCCUUGUAUCAUAUUCAGGAUCUUCUGCGCGAGAACAGAUCCGUGCUGAGCUGCAGGAUUACUUGAACAGUGACACUAUGAGGCGCUAUGUUCAGAGUCCCCCUGGUCCUCCUGGACCCCCUGGCCAGAAGGGUGAACGUGGUGACCCCGGACACAGUUAUCAGAAUGCCAGAAGCCAACAACGCUUUGGCACUGAGAUCAGUGAACCAGUGGACUACUCCAAUGUUGCAAUAAAAGUAACUGAUUACAUUAAAAAUCAAGGUCUACUGCAGGACCUGACAGAGGGAUACUGGAGAACACAAGCAGGAAGGAUCCAAGGACCCGCUGGGCCUCCUGGUCCACCAGGCCCACCUGGGUACAGCCGUGUGAUUGGUGCCUAUGGGAAUGUGACUGCAGACCUCAUGGACUUUUUUAAAA